AAUGUCUCACAUAUGUUAUUGUUUUUUGUGCAGUGCGUAUUGGUGUCAUGUUAACUAUUAAUCAUAGUGAUUGAGCAAUUGAAAUCAAAAUAAAAAAAUAUCGAAUAUAAAAAGUAAAGCAUUUGAAAGGCUAAACACAGUUCUCAGUUGUGGUGUAAACACACUUACGGUUGUUCCAGCUUUUAGCGUGGAAAAUUAUGGAUGUUUUUCAGAACAUGUUUGCUGAACGCGGCUGGUCUGACGAGUGUGAUAAAUUGCCAAAUAAGACAACUAUUUUCACCACUGAUUUCAAUGGUAUACCGGAAACACUGGUUUUGAACGUUAUAUCAUGGCUGUUGUUGAUUGGAUUAUUUACCGCCUUGCGUCAUCAGGCCGGUGACUAUGGCCGCUUGGCGCUUGUCAACAGCAAUGGUAGCAAGAAACGUUGGACUGAAGUAUUCUAUUCGCGCGCAAGUAUGGUUGAUCCACCCCAGACGCAAGCAUCCACCAGUCGUAUGCAAAAUGGCGCUGAAGAAGGUCGUGGCAGUCUAACAUCGAGCACAGCCGAGUCCCAACUAUCGCCCAUACAUUCUGACCAAGGAAUUUUCGCUUGGAUUAGAAUAACAUGGAAAUUACGCAAGGAACAAAUAUUAUUGCAUACUGGCCCCGAUGCCGUACAUUAUCUUUCAUUUCAACAACACCUCAUGAUAGUAAUGGCAAUAGUAACGUUGGUUUCGCUAAUUAUCAUAUUACCUGUAAAUUUAUUUAGUGGAUAUACUAACGGCAGAUCCGAUCUUAAUGAAUUUGGGCAUACAACUAUGGAAAAUGUACCAUAUGAAUCACCGUGGCAAUGGGUACACGUUAUCGUCACUAUUAUGUAUGCACCACUGAUCGUGCUAGUUAUGCGACGCUCUUCCGGUCGAAACGCCUUCAAAACAGCAUCCACACGCACCAUUAUGAUAUCCAAUAUUUCUGCGAGUGAUCGUAAUAAAACAGUUAUUCGUCACUACAUACAAGAGUUGUUUCCUGAUGUUAAUAUUGAAGACGUGCAAAUUGCUUAUAACAUAUCUAAGUUGGCAGUGCGUAAUGCGGAAUAUGAAAAGAUAUUAGAUGCACGAAUCUUCUGUGAACACCAUCGUGAUCGAGAUACAUUACAAGUGCAACCGAAUUUGUGUUCCUGCGCUAAAGAAAACGCUUUCGCUUACUAUCAACGGGAAGAGCAAAAGCUGGCUGGAGACGUUGCACGUUUGCGUGCAGCUGCACUUAAUGAACCACUAGGCAUAGCCUUUAUAACUGUUUCUACUGUGCAUGAGGCACAAAACAUUGUCAGUCAUUUUACACCUGGUACCUACAGAAAGUGGAAUUUGGAAUUCGCGCCUUCGCCAGACGAUUUAUUUUGGGAGCAUUUGAAUGUCAGCAAAAGCAAUUGGUACUUCAAAUGGGGAAUUGUAAACAUCAUCCUCUUUUUGGCGCUAUUCUUUCUCACAACUCCAGCCAUUGUGCUCAAUUUUCUAAAUACAUACGCUUUGGCUAAAGGUAAUUUCUACAGGAUUUCGCCACUGGUAUCAGAGUUUUUGCCAACGUUGCUACUGUGGACACUAGCGGCCCUGAUGCCUGUGAUCGUUGCCUUUUCCGAUAAGUGGUUGGCUCAUUAUACACGUUCCCUACAGAAUUACUCUAUUAUGAUUAAAUGUUUUUGUUACUUGCUCUUAAUGAUCCUCAUUUUACCCUCAUUGGGGCUAACAUCAGCACAAAAAUUAAUCGAAUGGUCAAUUAGCAACGACACUAUACGCUGGCAUUGUGUUUUUAUGCCGGAUCGGAGUUCGUUCUAUGUAAACUAUGUGAUCACAGCUGCUUUUAUUGGUACUGCUUUGGAGUUGUUGCGCUUCCCAGAGCUCAUCGUUUAUAUUUGGAUGUUGUGUACGGCAAAGUCGAAAGCUGAAACACCUUACAUACGCAAAUCUAUAUUAAUCGAGUUUCCGUUUGGCAUUCACUAUGCCUGGACUGUACUAGUGUUCACUAUUUCUAUCGUUUACAGUGUGUCUUGCCCUCUAAUAAUGCCUUUUGCAAUGAUAUAUAUCUGUUUUAAACAUUUUGUGGAUCGUCACAAUUUGUAUUUUGCUUAUGGACCUUCAAAUAUGAUAUCAAGAAGUGGUGGAAAAAUCCAUUCAACUGCUGUCACCAUGACCAAAUCUUCUAUUAUUAUUCUGCUCUUGGUAAUGGCGAUGAUUUCAGUGCUCCGGGAAAGAGGCAAUGCACGUUCUAUUAUACUUCUUAUAACGUUAGUACUAACAUUGACAUUAUUUACCUUCAUGUCGCCUAUAAAACGCUGUGCAUCUUUACCUCGGCCCAAUGUUGUAGAGAUGGCCGGCCCUGCACCGGUGUACGUACCUGAGGUUUUGCGACCGCGUGCUACUGUUGCGUCGACGACGACGCACAAUCAUGCCUCGACAAAUGGUGGCGGUAUCACCGGUUAUGGUUCGGAUAGUGUUUCUGAUUUUGAUAUUAGCUCACAAUGUAGUGUUAAUAGCGUGGAUGCUUAAUGGGAAACUCAGAUUUAAAUUGAGCGAUUAGAUAGGAACGAAGAUAAAAUAAAUAAAAAAAUAUAGAACAACUUUACAAAAAGAAAUUCGUAUCAAAUGAUAUAUUCGGUUUAAUGAUCAUUCUUAAAUCCAAUAAGCAAAUCAUUGGCUACAUUUAGCUCGUGGUGUUUAUUUUUAAUUUUACCGCAGCAGUAAAAAGAGUUUCAAAGAAAUUAUUUUAAACUGGACGACAGAAAUACAAAUUUUUGAUAAAUUAAUUAACUAUUUCCAUUGCCGGUUCUACAUUAGAUUUCUACAUUAAUCUUUAUUUUCUAGUACUAGCAAAAGCCGUCCCAAUUAAGCCCUAACCUGGCCAUAAUAUAAACUUCUUUAAAUAGCCCCCUGAACCUUGCGAUAACAUCGGUGACAACAAUUAACUGACGCACUAAUAAAGUCGGGUUUAAGCAAUGUGACUAAAACAACAACAAUAACAUCUUUAGCUGAUGUUAAGUAUUAAGAGAAAUAGGUUCCUUAGUCUUAUAAAAAAACGUGUAUGAUUAGAAAUCGUCAUGAAACAUAUGACGAACAUAAUACGUUCCCACGACAGUCGGUUCUGCGCUACCGUUCCAGAUAAAAACGGUCAAUCUAACAGCAUUCCCAAACGUUUCUGGAAAAUGAUAAUGUUGUUACUACAACAUAAUACGAAUUCACUGACCGUAUAAAACCCUUUUU